GUGUUUCUGCAGUGAGAAGAUUAAGAAAUCCGGCGGUCCAUUUAUUUGGGAGAUCAGUUUGGCUCGACAGCAGUCUUAUUUUUGUGACUGUUUCAAGGUUUUAAAAGUUCUGAAUUUGUUCUGACUUUUGGUCAAGCACAAUGAGGGAGUGCAUCUCUAUACACAUUGGUCAAGCAGGUAUCCAGAUGGGUAACUCCUGCUGGGAGCUGUAUUGUUUGGAGCAUGGUUUCCAGCCAGAUGGAACCAUUGUUGAUAGUAGCCGCUCAUUGGCUGACUCUAGUUUCGGCACUUUCUUCAGUGAAACUGGUGCAGGAAAAUAUGUUCCUCGAGCAGUUUUCAUUGAUCUGGAGCCAACUGUUGUCGAUGAGAUCCGUAAUGGACACUAUCGACAGCUGUAUCACCCUGAGCAGCUCAUCAGUGGAAAGGAGGAUGCUGCCAAUAAUUAUGCUCGUGGCCACUAUACCAUUGGAAAGGAGAUCGUAGACUCUGUGCUUGAUCGCAUGCGCAAAAUGGCCGACCAGUGUACUGGUCUGCAGGGGUUUCUGAUCUUCCACAGUUUUGGUGGUGGAACCGGCUCUGGUUUCACAUCUCUGCUGAUGGAGCGACUGUCUGUCGAUUAUGGUAAAAAGUCAAAGUUGGAGUUCUCCGUGUAUCCUGCCCCGCAGGUCAGCACUGCUGUGGUGGAGCCCUACAACUCCAUUCUCACAACCCACACCACUCUUGAGCACUCCGACUGCUCCUUCAUGGUAGAUAACGAAGCCAUCUUUGACAUCUGCAAGCGAAAUCUGGAUAUCGAGCGUCCUUCCUACACCAAUCUAAACCGGCUUAUUGCUCAGAUUGUGUCCUCCAUUACAGCAUCGCUGCGCUUUGAUGGGGCCUUGAAUGUGGAUCUCACAGAGUUCCAGACCAAUCUGGUCCCUUACCCUCGCAUUCACUUUCCUCUGGUCACCUACUCUCCAAUUAUUUCAGCUGAGAAAGCCUACCACGAGCAGCUUUCAGUACCAGAGAUCACCAAUGCCUGCUUCGAGCCAGCAAACCAGAUGGUGAAGUGCGACCCUCGCCGUGGGAAAUACAUGGCCUGCUGUUUGCUGUAUCGUGGUGACGUAGUCCCUAAAGAUGUCAAUGCCGCCAUAGCCAACAUUAAGACACGCCGCUCCAUCCAGUUCGUAGACUGGUGUCCCACUGGGUUCAAGGUUGGGAUCAACUACCAGCCGCCCACUGUUGUGCCAGGAGGGGAUCUGGCCAAGGUGCAGAGGGCUGUCUGCAUGCUGAGCAACACCACUGCCAUUGCAGAAGCAUGGGGCCGCCUGGACCACAAAUUUGACCUGAUGUACGCAAAGAGAGCUUUCGUGCACUGGUAUGUGGGUGAAGGGAUGGAGGAAGGAGAGUUCUCGGAGGCGCGAGAGGACAUGGCUGCCUUGGAAAAGGACUAUGAGGAGGUUGCAGCCGAUUCAACUGAUGACUGCGGGGAGGAUGAAGAAGAGUAUUAAAUUAUUGCACUUGUAUUUUGAAUAAAUUUUGAAAGCAUAAGAAAA